AGAAAUUAUGGAAACGGCUUCAAUGGAGGAAGGAUCCUCGAAGUCGCCAUGGCAAAUCCUUGCCAAAAUUCGCCUGAAUAGAUCAUAUUAAAAUGAAGAAACCGCUUCAUCGUUCUCGUUACAGAAAAACGAGCCAAAAUGCUAAGGAGAUUCAGAGAAACAGCGUGGAGGAUUGGAGUCAGAAAAUGUAUGCGAAUCCGAGAUGAAGUUUUCAGUUUUUUCAGUUCGGUUCCCAUAGCCGCCGCCGACGUCGACUCCACCUCCACUGUGCAAGCAAUCGAGUCUCUUCUCCGCUUAAUCCGCGAUGUAGCAGGUCUCUCCGCUACCGGAUUCAAAGGAGCAUUCAAGAAGGAGUGUACUUUGUUAACGUUUCAUUGUUCCUUACCUGAGCUAACGAAGACUCUUAAAGCUGCUACAAGAUUGCUUCAGUCUGCAGGAAGCUUCGAUCACAACGUUAAUAUUUCCCCUGAAAGAGCAGGCUUGGAAUUCAAAGUUGAACUCCAAAGUGUUAAGUCCAAUUUGGAAAAGGCGUUAGCUAAGUUGCCAUAUGAUGAUUUUAUGUUAGAGAUCAAGUUGAUUUAG